AUGUCGUCUUCCAAUAUUCUCAUCACUGUUAUGCACAACCACGCAUUAUCUGCCCUCCUCGACCAGUACGGGCUGUCCGAGGACCCCCUCCAUUCUGCCCUCGAGGAACUACGCCCACGGGACUUUCAGGACCUCGACAACGCCGUCGACAUCGCGUCCCGCUCUUGGGAUGCAGAGAAAGCUGGUGUAGACGAGCUUAGUAGGGUGCAAUUUGAUCUUCGCCUUCAUAAUCUGCGGAUGGACAUAUUGGAGGUAGCGUCCGCGCUCGGGGUGCGAUGCACCUAUAAAGUUCCUCAGCCUCCUUCUCCUCAUUCUGAUGGGACUUCCGAAAACCCAAUCAACCUCGAUGGUACUUUUUCCUAG